AUGCGAUCCGCUCUGGCGCUGCUUUUGCUUGUUACGGUAGCCUCGGCGUGCUACUUUCCGGACCGCUGCCUUACACGGAAACCGAAGCCCACCCAUCGCUGCGGCAGCGAUUUGGAUUGUACGAUUCCCGGGCAGGUGUGCGUGGAGGGCAAAGCAGGCCGGAAGCGCUGCAAGUAUCCAUGGGAUAUCCUGGAGACCCGAAGCCGUCGCAGCGCCUUCAGAUGCCACAGCGAUCGGGACUGCCCCGAUUCUUCCCAUGGAUGCGUGAAAAAGGGGAUGCUGACAAGCUGCAUCUGUAAUGGCAGAAAAUGUGAAAAAUGGACGCUGGAUGCGGCGAAGCGCCAUUCGCGACCAGCGUGCAGCGAGAACGACGAUUGCCCGGCUGACCAGCAAUGUGUGGCCGGAAACUGUGAACCAAUAUGGGACACGCUGGACGCCAACAAACGCCAUCCGCGACCAGAGUGCGGCGAGGACUCUGAUUGCCCGGCUGACAGCAUCUGUGUAUCCGGAAGUUGUCAGAAAUGGAAGAUGGAUGUGGCAACACGCAGUCGUCGUAGCGAUGACCCUCAUUUUUGCCGCAAGCUAUGGUGCACGGACAGA